GUGUACUGACAGGCAGACACACACACACACACACACAGACAGACAGACAGACAGACAGACAGGUGUCUUCUGAGAGAAUCAUGUCCUCAUCAAGAAACUCCUCAAACUUCACCCAUACCAACAGGUUCGCGCAGCCUCCAUGGCGCGUCGCGCUCUGGGCGCUCGCGUACGCGCUGGUUAUGCUGGUGGCCGUGACGGGAAACCUGGUCGUCAUCUGGAUCAUCGUUGCGCACAAGAGGAUGAGAACCGUCACCAACUACUUUCUGCUCAACCUCGCGGUGUCUGACGUGUGCGUGGCCGCGCUCAACACGCUGGUGAACUUCGUGUACGGCGUGCACGGGAACUGGUACUUCAGCAGCGCGUACUGCCGCUUCCACAACUUCUACCCGGUGGCCGCGGUGUUCGCGAGCAUCUACUCCAUGAGCGCCAUCGCCUUAGACAGGUACAUGGCGAUCAUCCACCCGAUGAAGCCCCGCCUCUCAGCGACGGUCACCAAAGCUGUGAUCGCAUGUGUGUGGAUUCUGGCCGCAUUUCUGGCCUUUCCACUCUGCUUUUACUCCGUAACGGAAGUGAAGCAGCACAGGACGCUCUGCUAUGUGGCCUGGCCGCGGCGCAACGACGACGCCUUCAUAUAUCACGUGAUCGUGGCGGUGCUGGUAUAUCUCCUGCCUCUGGCACUGAUGGCCGUCACCUACACCAGGGUGGGACUCGUGCUGUGGGGCGGUGGAUUCCCCGGACACUCCUCGGAAAACUUACAGGAUCAUCUGCAGGCCAAGAGAAAGGUUGUGAAGAUGAUGGUGAUCGUGGUAGUAACAUUUGCCAUCUGCUGGCUCCCAUAUCAUGUGUAUUUCAUCGCGACGAGCUUCAACUGGAAGCUGACAAAAUUCCAGUCGAUCCAGCAGGUGUAUCUGUCGAUCCUGUGGCUCUCCAUGAGCUCCUCCAUGUACAACCCCAUCAUCUACUGCUGCCUCAACAGCAGGUUCCGCGCCGGCUUCAAGCGGGUGUUUCGCUGGUGUCCCUUCAUUUAUGUGUCGGACUCUGAUGAGAUGGAACUCCAGACCACCCGAUUCCAGCCAAACCGCCAGAGCAGCCUGUACACGGUCUCACGUGUGGAGUCCGACACCAACGCCAACCCCGCCAGACGCAAGAGCUCCAGCACCAGCCACCGCAGCACCAGCCAAUCACGACCCUCUGCCCGGCUGUCACUCAAUGGUGGUCUCCAUGGACACCCUACGAACGCCGCCGGUAAUGAACUCAGCUCAGAGUAGCUCGCAAAACACUAAGCUGCAGAAAUGACAGGAAAUUCACCUUCAGGAGCUGCUGAAUGCCAGCCUCAGUCCACCAGCUUCACUUUGACCUCUCUUUCAAUUCCAACAUAUUUAAAAAUAACUCACCACACAUAUGAAAAUGAACACUUCUGAGGACAUACACACCGGUCUGUUGACGAAGAUUUGUUAACAGGUUACACUGUGUCCUAACCAGACACAUCACAAUAAGAUUCCAGCGACAAGAAGUUUAUCUGUCCACACCAGACGCGACUACAAGAUGCCACAAAAUCAAUCGCAAAUCACAGCCAAUCAUAAGAGCAUGUGGGCGGAGUCUCUCUGCAGGCCCACUACACUCGCAACCUAAUCAAUCCAAAAUCGCUGCACGCACUGCACUCACUACCAAAUGGAUAAGCACAAAAUCAAAUUCAUAAAUAUCACACCAUUUUAACAUUAUUAAAAAAACGUACUGAGUUACUGAAACAAUCUUUGUCAUAGAAUACACUUACUUGUUCACAGCAUUAUUGUUUCCAUUCAUUUAUUUUCAAGAUAUGAGGUGAUUAUCCAUUGUCUCUUUCAGUACAGCUGUAAAUGAUAUUCAAACUCAUAUUAGACACUUUUAACAUUAAUUAAAGCACAUAAUCAGUACCUGAGAUUAUCAUUGUCAUAGUUUGUGUUAACAUGGAAAAGGCAGCAGUAUUCAGAUGACAGCUACUUUAUCACAUUUCGAGUUCUUCGCUCAUAUUGAGCACAGCAUGCGUGUUCUCUCACUCUGUCCACAUGCGACCAGUCGAGUUUAUUGUACACACUGUAUGACUGUUUUUCACACAUCCGAUCACACACAUCAAUCAUAUACACAUAUUGCAUGUUUUUUUUGUAGAUUUGUGUAAGUCUGUCUCAUCAGCCGUGUGUCUAUAACCAGCAGUAUAAUAAUAAUAAUAAAAAUAAUAAUAAAGUCUUGUGCUUUACCGCA